CGUCACAUGCAGAAUACAGGAAGUGCUCCGCAUUUUCACCAUGUAAACAACCUUUGUGGAUUGCAGCCCUCUGGUUCUCUGUACGCAAGCUUCGAAAAGAACACGCAGAAAUGGGAGUGAAAGGUCUUCAGUACUUUAUAGAUCGAUGCUGUCCUGAUGCCUGUGUGACUGUGAACCUGAGAGAAAUGGCCAGACAGCAUUCUGCCAAAAUCCAGCAAGAAGGCACAACCUCAUCCAAAACGACCAGUCCCACACUCGUUGUCGAUGGUAUGGCCUGUCUGCGUCAUUGGUACUCGUGUAAAGACUGGGUGUGUGGGGGGCAGUGGAAGGAAUACAUGACCAUCCUGAAGAACUGGGUACAAGCCUUCACCUCUGCUGGCAUUAGAUUAGUUUUCUUCUUCGAUGGGGUGGUGGAAGACCAGAAGCGACAGGAGUGGGUGAAGAGGAGGCUCAGAGUGAAUGGGGAUGUUGCUAAAAUGUUUCGUUACAUUAAGGCCCAUGGUGAACAGCCUGGUGAACAGUUCUUUUGUCUUCCCUCUGCUCUGGCAUCAUUCACACCCUUUGCUCUGAGGUCCUUGGGUCAGGAAGUGUUUUGCUCAGUGCAGGAAGCUGACUAUGAGAUUGCCAGCUAUGCUCAUCAACACAGCAGCAUGGGCAUUCUGGGUCAAGACUCAGACUUCAUCAUAUAUGACAGUGCCCCUUAUUUGUCGGUGACAAAACUGCGACUGGAUGGCCUCACCACUGUGUUGUACAACCGACAAAACCUCUGCCGAGCUAUUGGAUUGACUAGCAACCAGCUGCCGUUGCUGGCCUGUCUGCUUGGCAACGAUGUGGUGUCAGAGGAGCGGAUGCAGCACAUUCGGAGUGAUGCCAUGACAACAUACAGGAACAGCUCACUUUCCCCACGCUGUGGUGCUCCACAAGGGCAGAUGGUUCUGGCUGUAUCACAGCUUAUCAACUCUCUGAGCGGCAGAGAGGAGGAAAAGCCUGUGCUUAUCCCCCCAUCUCUGAAACUUUCCGCUCCAGACAGGGAGCUCCUUGAGAGGGGAAUUUGCUCCUACUUGCUGCCUGCACAGGACACUCUGCAGCGUGGUGACAUCUCAACCACACGUGCUGGCUCUGCCUUUGUGAUGGAGAGGGUUGUCAGUCCAGAGAUUAUAAAGGCCUGCAGAGAGAAGCACAUAGCAGCAGAGGGCUUCAUGGUUUACAGUGUCAUAUGUGCAGGAGUCGUUCAAUGUAGCAACAGUCUGGAGGAUGGGGAGGACACCGAGCUGCUGCCCCAGGCUCUUGUCUACAAGCCCUGCAGACAGAACAUUUAUGGUCUUCUGCUUUGCAGCCAAGAUGGCAACAGUGUAGGCCAUCCUGUAGUCAGAGAGUGGUUUGUCUACCCUGGAAAUCCUCUGAAAGGACCUGAUAUUGUCCAGCCUGUGUCACUUCUUCUCCCAUGUGAUUGGCCAAGUCUGGAUUUAUUAUGGUUUGGCACUGAUCCUGAAGUUUCUGGUCUUCGCCUGAUGGCCUUCACAUCAAUUUUUGACUGUCAUGAGUUCUCUGAGUUAUGUGGAUCUGUAGAAGAUACCCUGCUGGCAGCACUCUGUCUUGUCACUUACAUCAUCCUUCAGGUGAAAACUCUGUCUUUAGAGGACAUGGAUGCUUACCUGAGCCAGGCUGUUUGUUUGAGACUCAAGUCUCAUCAGGAGCUUCAGGACAUCAAGCUGCCUUUUCUCUCCAGUCGAGCGGUGCAACUGGGAUCUCUGUAUGUACGAGGACUGAGCCACCUGCUUGGUGCUAACUGUGCCAGCGGCUGCCCACUGCCCAGCGAUGCCUUGAUGCCCUGGCACAGCUUUGAUGGUCGGCUAUUCCACUCAAAGUACCUGCUGGCACACAGUGGGACAGAGGAUACCGUGCUGUUAGAUGGAGAUUCGUCCAGUCUGUCAGUGUUUCGUUACCUUAGGGAGAAAGUUACCGAAAUUUGCAGGAAGAGAAGUAGAGUCCUGCAGUCCAGACCCAGACCCCCUUUCCCACAACAAAGUCGUGAAACUACAUCAGAGCCCAGAUGUUGGGACAGGCACUCAGGUCAGCCUUCAUACUGUGGUCCAGGCUGGAAAGAGAGAGAUGUUGAAGGAGGCCAUCAAUUUGGAUGGAGGGAGAGAGGGGAGACAACUGGUUCAGAAAGCAGAGAGAAUGUGUGGGAAAGAGGAAGACAUCAGUUCAGAGCCCUACAACAGCAUGAUGUGCAUUCUUAUUUGAAUCCUAGCUGCCAUGUUGGAAGGGUUCACAAUUCAACCCGUCCUGCAAAUCAGUCCAGAGGUCGAGCGUAUCAGGCAAAUAGAGGAAAAUAUCGCCUUGCUCCAAGAUGGUCAGGGCCUCCUGCUCCAGGAACAUAGCCCAGUUGUGAUACAGAGGGGAGGAGGAAAGGAUUAGAGAGGGGAAGUUGAAGAUCUGAGUGCACAGGAAAAACAUGAUGAAAGAAGUGAAGGAAUCAAAUUCCUCUCAACAAACUGAGAAGCGACUUAACCAUCAGGAAUGUUUGUCUAAGGGAUGCAGGAGACAGAAUAACGGGACACAGGAGGAAGUGGAAUGAAUGAGUUAAGAAUUCGUCUUUUAACCAGAGUUUGAUUGUUUUUGUGGUUUUGUCAUCGACAUCAGAGAUCCAACUUUUUUUCUAAACUAUUGUGUUGAGACAGAAAGUGAACCAUAUAAAACAGGAUCAACAAAGAACCAGAAAUGUCACGCAGUAGACAGUGAAUUAAUGGAUAAUCUGUGAAACUGUUUAAUUUCUUUAACAAUAAAAUGCAAAUAUCU